AUGAAUACAGUCGACAUAGGACGGUGCAGCAAACGCAUCGUACAGUAUCUCUGGGACCCAGAGCCCAGGAAUGAUGAAGAUCCCACUUCCUCGAUAUGGUGCCUAGGAAUAGAGUAUCACCCCGAGAAGGAUGUCAGCCCAAGGGGGGAGACACCCGACAAGAACAGCGCCCGAGAUAACGCGACGGGAACGACCAACUAUCGGAAACCAUCAGAACAUGCGUGGCCCGAGUCGUUCCUGUUGGAUUUUGAAUCAAGAAUCUGGAUGACGUAUAGGUCCAAUUUCCCCCCGAUACCCAGAGUCGAGGGAGACGACAAAAGUGCAUCAAUGACACUGGGGAGCCUGCUGGCAAAUGCACUAUCUACGUUGGUCCUAGGACGUGACUGGCGCCGUGGAGCGAGGUUCGAGGAAGAGUCACAGCUACUGUCUCUUUUCGCCGACACACCAACUGCCCCCUUCUCUGUACAUCGGUUCGUCAAGCAUGGCGCCGAAUCGUGUGGGAAGUUCCCAGGGGAAUGGUUUGGGCCCUCCGCAACGGCCAAGUGCAUAGAAGCACUUUCGGCACAGUGUGGAAGUCCUACACUCAAGGUCUAUGUCUCUAAUGAUACAUCGGAAGUUUACCAGGACAGGUUCAUGAAUGUCGCCCGAAACUCUUCCGGUGUCUUUCAGCCUACCCUGAUACUGCUAGGAACAAGGCUCGGCAUCGACCAUAUCACUCCAGUCUAUUGGGAUGGCCUAAAAGCCACAUUGCAGUUCCCUCAAUCAGUCGGAGUUGCAGGGGGACGCCCGUCGGCGUCACACUACUUUGUUGGAGCCCAAGGGUCACAUCUAUUCUAUCUAGAUCCACAUUAUACCCGCCCUGCGCUUCCAGAUCGCCAAGGAGGCGAACUAUACUCAAAAGAGGAGGUUGAUACUUAUCAUACACGGCGCUUGAGAAGAAUUCACGUGCGGGACAUGGAUCCGAGCAUGCUUAUAGGCUUCCUCAUCCGAGACCAGGAAGAUUGGGACGACUGGUUAAACCGCAUACAAGCCGUCAAGGGACGGCCGAUAAUCCAUGUACUCAAGCAGAUGAAUCCUGACCACGAUCAGGAAGCAGAAGCACUUGACCAGGUUGAAGCGCUGGAUGAUAUCGAAUAG